AUGCCAGGUGGACAAAAACCUAUUUCUACCAGUAAAGGAUUACGGCACACAGAAGAUGAGAUGGGUAAAUUACAGAUAAUUCCGGAACCACUGUUUACCCUAAUUCUACAGUGAGG